AUGGCUGCUGUGGAUAGGGAGAUGCCAAGCGUGGAGGAGGACGCGCCACCCCUGCCGCCUCCCGUGCAUGCGCCGGCUUCUGAGGAACUGAGCCCUCCGCGAACAGAGUCCUUUGCCAGCGCCCCUUCGCAGCCGGCCUCCUCGCUGGUGCGGAGGGCUCUGCAGCCCGAGUGCAGCGUGGACUUCCCCCAGAUCACGGAGAUCUGCGAGAGGCUCGAGCUCCAACCCGCCGAGAUCCGCACCACCGUGGCCGUGCUGUCUAAAGCUCUGAGGGAUCGCAGGCAGCCUUUGCAAGUCAAGCUCAAGGCUUUGACUAUUGCGCAUGAGAUGCUGUACAACCCUCAAGUCGUGGAGGUCUUCGCCGAAGCGGAAGGCUUGCGCGAAGCUCUGGAGGCCCUGCGGCAGGUGCGCAGCGGGGAGUUGGGGGCGGCCAUGGACGAGAACGUUCGGAUGUUGGCCACGGAGAUCGAGGGCCGCUGCUUUGAGGGGAAGCAAAGCGCGCAUGGCUGGAGCUCCUUCGCGAAGGCCAUGAGCUCGGAUCUCGAAAAGGCGCGCAAAGCAGCACGUAAGAAUUUCCAGCACCUCUCCCAGAAGGCAGAGAAGCACAUGGAAAAAGCUGAGCGCGUCUUCGAGCGUGGAGCGACGAUGCUGAUGCAAGAGGCGGAGAACAUGCUGUCUGGGCCACCGCAGAACCCGACUGUCCGAGGCACUGACAAGCAGCCGGCACUCACCACGGAGGACGAGCAACUUCAGUGGGCCCUUCGCCAGUCGCUGAAAGAAGCAAAGAGGCAGAAGGCCAGCGGCUACUCCAAAGCGAGUAAGCUCGAGCCACCUUCCGUCGAGGAUUUGCCACCAGAAGUUGUACAGGCUGACAGCCGAGCGACGGCCAUCGAAGAGGCCUUGGGUGCACAGCUGGCAGCGGAGGAUGCUGACGCCAAAGAGACUGCGCAGCUCUCCGCCAAGCUUGAGGACGCCAUGAAGAAAGCGCAGACUUUGGCCACACUCCUUUCCAAGGCCGAGUACGAGUUGACCGGCCUGAAGCAACACCGCGAACUGUUGGAGGAUCAAGUUCUUCGUGCACACUCGGAGGAGUCGCAGCUCCAGCAACUCCGGAGACGGCUUACAGAGCUGGAGGCACAGGCAUCUGCCACCUCGUCCUCUGCAGCGUGUGUGAGGGAACCAGAGGUUGAACAGCCGGCAGUGUCCGCUGAGACUCUGGAGGAACCUUCGUCAAGUACCGUCAUGGACGCCCCAGAGUCGAUUGAGGCCACGCUCGACCCUUCGCCCAUCGAAGCGGCAUCGUUUGCCAGCGUGCCUUCGGCCACGAAGGACGAGGCGGAGAAGGAGUCGGAGCGCCAGCAACAGGAGGCUGACAUGACCGCGUCGCCGGCUUGCCCGGCAGAAGUGCGUGAGAUCCAGGAGGCGCCGAAACAGAAAGAUUCGGCGGAGGAGCCGAGACAGGAAGAUUCGGCGUGCAGAGACGACGGAGAAGCGGAAGAGAAGCUGGAUCAGGGCCGAUCAAUGUCAGACAGCGAAAUGCGUCUGCCGGAGACGGAUUCCACUGAGGGGGCCAAUGUGAGCCACCAGGAGACUCCGCUCUGCGCGGAACGGUCCGCUGUAGACGCUUCCCAAGCCCAGGAUCACACAGAACCUUCGGCGAAGAGCACGGAAGACGAAGCCACUGCAGUGCCGCAAGAGCAGCACUCUGCCCACGAGGAGUCUGCAAAUCCCAGUGCCGAGAUUGUGCAGCAGGAGCAGCAGGAGGCUGGAGUUGAUGGCCUUCCAAGUGAGACCAAGCCCGACGCGAUGGACGGCGAGGAAGCAUCCACGGCACCCUCCAACGAGCAGCCGUCCGACGGGGCCCCAGGCAGUGCUGGAGCCUCAACACCCGAGAUGGUUGACCUUGACAAGAAGCUGGAGCCCGAUGGUGACACUCCUGCCCGACCUUCCUCCAGCGCCCCAGGCGAGUCUGUAGACAUCAUCCCGGAAGCAUCCCAAACCUGA